UCCCUCAUUAACCUAAUUCUAGUGCCUAAAAUUAAAAAAUCAUUAAAUUAAUAAAUUAUAAUGAAAAAACUGAAGAGAGAUCAAAAUAUAAAUAAUCCGUGUUUGAAAGAACAUGAACUAACAGAUAAGUGUUUCCACAAAAAUAAUUUUGACUAUGAAAAAUGUGCAUUGCAAAUUGAAAACUAUAAAGUUUGCAAAAGUUUCUGGCAUUCUGUGCAAAUGGAAAGAAGGAGUAAAGGCAUAAAACCUUAUUUACCUCCUGUAGAGGAACGAGAUCGAAUAAAGGAGGAAUAUUUUGAAAAACUGAACAGAGACAACUCUGUCUCCGAUUAACAAUGAAUUUUACUCAAGAAUGUUACUUCUGAAAAUACUGGUUUUUUCUUCUUCAGUUUGAAAAUAUUAUUUAUAAUUCAAUACUCUGAAGUCAUUGUCAAAUACAUGCAUUAUUAAAAAAGUAACUUUAGAUCUAUCUA